AUGGUUUUUGGUAAACAUACCCGCGCUGCCUCUGGGGUAUCAGAUCCCUCUACGAUGGGAGGUACGCCUGGUAAUGGUAUCGCUGGUCGUGCACAGCUACCCAUGCUGCAGUUACCUGACAAGACCCGGGGUAAUCUGCUUUGUGUGUUCGGCGAGUUCGUCGGCACAUUCAUGUUCUUGUUGUUCUCUUUCGCUGGGACCCAGGUUUCUAACACGCCUAUGGCUCCUGAUGGAUCGCCCCCGAACACGUCCAAUUUGCUAUACACUUCUCUGUGUUUCGGCUUCUCGUUGACUGUCAAUGUCUGGGCUUUCUUCCGUGUUACUGGUGGUCUUUUCAACCCAGCCGUGACUCUCGCACUCUGCCUUACUGGCGGCAUGCCUGCGUUACGCGGUCUGAUGGUUUUCCCUGCCCAGUUGAUUGCGGGAAUUGCCGCGGCUGGUGUAGUGAGCGCCAUGUUUCCAGGUGAACCAAACUUCAAGACUCGUCUGGGUGGUGGCGCCUCCAUCUCCCAGGGUCUCUUCAUUGAGAUGUUCCUCACCGCGCAACUGGUACUUGUGAUUAUCAUGCUUGCAGUCGUGAAGCACAAAUCGACCUACCUGGCCCCUGUGGGAAUUGGUCUUGCAUUCUUCCUAUGCGAGCUUGUCGGUGAUUACUACACCGGCGGCUCCCUCAACCCUGCCCGCUCCCUCGGCCCGGACGUGAUCAACCGCCAGUUCCCCGGUUAUCACUGGAUCUAUUGGGUUGGCCCUCUUCUCGGAUCCCUGUUGGCUUCUGGCUUCUAUCACAUCCUUUGCUGGGUCCGCUGGGAGACCAUCAACCCGGGCCAGGACUACGACGAGUGGGAGAACAAGGGUCGCCCGACCUCCGUGCUUUCUGAGAAUACCAUAACUGACCAUGGCCACGGCGGUCCUGGUCACUCUCCGAUCAGCGGUAAUCAGACUCAUGACACUUAUCGGCCUAAUGGCGGGGCUCAGACCUACACCGAUGCUCCGGAUGGCGCUGCUGUGAACCAGAACCGUCAGACGGCUCCCAGGAUUGAGGUUUCUUCUGAGGAUCAGGUUUGA